AUGGAUUGCCUGGACAUUGAAGGACUGAUUAUUGCAGAUGUGCAUGGAGAGAUUCUAUUUAAAAAAGCAUUUGUAAAGGAUAAGGAUCUUGCAAAGAGAAUUGUUGAGAAGGUUCUGAACACCAGAGAAAGCAUGUCGAUGGCUUUUGACAAGAUAGUCAUGUCUAAGAAGAUUGAUGAGCUACUACUGAUCAUCUACUGCCCCAUGGAGUGCAACGAGCCAUUUGUUUGGCAUGCAUUCAACGAGUUUAUGAUUGGAUUCAUGUCAGUCAUCAAGAGCUCAACCAAAGACAGGCUGUGGAAGAAGUAUGAUCAGGUUGUAUUACUUGUAGCUGGGUUUGUAUAUGAAGGUAUGAUUGUGCUGUGCAAGAGCAGCGAGAUGAUUGACAGGCUUGCAAAAAGAAACUUUGAAGGAGUAGAUGGAAUGAAGGUUCCGAAGGGGCUUGCUUCCUUCAUUCACAAGGCAACAAAGUCAUUCACCAUGGGAAGCAGCAAAUAA